AUGCUUCGACUUAAUUUCACUUUGAAUCCUAGUAUGGAUUAAUACCUGAAUGUUACUAAAAAUAUCACACAGUGCUGUAUCAAUAAUUGGCCUUGGUACCCAUAAUCUCCUUAAAUUUCUGGAAUCAGUAGUGACUAAACUACAGAUAGUAUGGAUAAUAGCCCAUAUUAAGUAAAUGAUGAGAUAUUUUUGAAGAUGAAAGAAAUCAUUAGAUCAGUCCUAGAGGUAACAUUAAAUCAAAUGAAUCAAACUCGUGUAAGCUUGGAUGUAAUAUAGCAAGUAAUUCCUUGUGCAUUUUAAUGGUACCCUUGGAUAGUUGCCUUAAAUAGAAAUAUUAAUUCUUAUUCUUAGCUUUAAGAUUUACUUUCCAGCAGCAGCCUUAUUAGACUUGAUGCUCUUCUAAAUGGACCUGAGACUAACAAUGUCAGAUCGGUUUUUAUUUAAUCAUUACUACCAUGGGUUAAUAAAAUAACAGAAUAAAUCUGGCCUUGGGGUCCCUAAUAUAAUUAAUCGCUAGGUUAACCAAGUAUGGAUGACUAAUAGUAUUAAUGGACCAUUAAAAAUAUUUAAGAUUUACUAAGCAAUUUCAAUGGAUAAACAAGUUUUAUAUUAAAAAAUGCCUGCUGGUAUCGAUAAAUGUGGCCCUUUAUCAUGGCCAGUUAAGAAAAUAUCUAAGAGAACUUUGAACAGAUGGUUUAAGAUAUUAUUAGAAAGCCAUAAUCAGAAAUAUACACCUCUAUAUCUGAUAUAAUGAGACAAAAUGGUGUAAUAGAUAAUGAGUAGUUAUCAAUUAUUUUCAAAGACUGUUGCUGCAAAUGA